AUGUCCGACUUGAAUUCCGAUACGACUGCGGAGAAGGAGAGUGCGGAGCAGCAUGAGCAUGAACACGAACACGAACAUGAUCAUGAAGUGAUUCCCCCGAACCUUCGUCGCGUGUGUGAUGAUAUCUCGCCGUGGGUGUAUCUAGUUGCUGUGGUCGAGUUGGCGGAGAGAUUCACCUAUCGGAGUAUCACGGCGCCUAUGCAGAACUACAUCCAGUAUACACGAGACGACCUACGACCGGGUGCAUUGGGAAGAGGCCAAUCCGUCGCAACAGGAAUCAACUACUUCUACUCCGGCUGGUGCUAUCUCACGCCCAUCUUUGGCGCCAUUAUAGCAGAUAGCUAUCUCGGGCGGUUUCGGACGAUAUGGCUAGGGACGGGGAUAAUGGUGCUAGGAAGUCUGAUUCUCUUCCUCACAUCGCUAGAACCGAGUUUAGAUCACGGGGCUGGAAUGCCGGGGUUGAUGGUUUCGUUGGUGUUGAUUGGGAUUGGGACAGGCUGUAUCACAAGCAACGUCAACCCCCUCAUCGCAGAACAAUACACUGAACGCCGAGAACGCGUCAAAAUGCUCGACAGUGGAGAGAUGGUGGUGGUUGAUCCGCAUAUGACGCUGACUACUAUGUACGGGCGAUACUUUCUGAUCAUCAACGUCGGCGCAUUAUCCGUCAUUCCGGCCUCGUGGCUGGAACUGAAAGUCGCCUUUUGGGCUUCAUUCUUGCUCUCGUUGUGUUUUUGGACAUUGCCUAUUCUGGCGUUGGUUAUUGGGAGGAAUAGAUAUGUGGUGCAUCAACCCCGCGAAUCCCCCCUCGUCAAAGCAAGCAAAGUGCUCUAUCUGCGCGUGCGACACGGCAGCUUCGACAGCGUCAAGGCAUUAGGCGCGUGUGAUCAGGGCUUUGUGGAGGAGUUGAAGCGUGCGCUUGUUGCGUGCCGAGUUUUCCCGAUCUUCUGGAUCUGCUACGGACAGACGAAUAGCAAUAUCGUCAGUCAGGCGGCGACGAUGCAGACGUUUGGGAUUCCGAAUGAUAUGAUGGGCUUUUUCAAUCCGAUUUCGGCGUUUAUGCUGGUUCCGUUGAUGGAACGCGUCGUCUAUCCGACUCUGCAGCGAUGGAAAAUGCCGUUUAAACCCAUCACCAGAAUCACAGUGGGCUUUUUGGCCAUGGCGUGUGCCAUUGCCUAUGCUGCUGGGAUUCAACACUUGAUUUAUACCUCGCCCCCAUGCUACGAUACCCCGCUUGGAGCAGAAUGCAGUCAGAAUGGGAAACUGCCUAACCAAGUGAACGUCUUCCUCCAACUCCCCAUCCACGCCCUUACUUCCCUCUCCGAAAUCCUCGCGUACGUCUCCGGCCUGGAAUACGCCUACACCAAAGCGCCAAAAAGCAUGAAGAGCAUCGUCACGUCCAUCUUCCUGGUGAUGUUUACUGUUGGAUGCGCACUAGGCAUUACACUCUCGCCUGUAUCCAAAGACCCGAAAGUGUUGGUCGAGUAUGCGUCGUUGAGUGGGGUGAUGGUCGUCACGGCAGGCGUGUUUUGGAUGCUGUUUAACAAGUACAAUGAGGUGGAGGAGAAGAUGAAUCAGAUGUAG